AUAGACUCAGCUCCCUUCACUCAGUUUAAACAAUGUCCUCCAGGGAAAGAACCUCAAAGAACAUCUGAUCACACAAGCUUUGGAAUUCUUUGGGGGACCUAAUCCGGAAAUUGGUCAGCAGCACCCUGUUUCUGAGCCUCUGCUCCUUGAAAUUGCUAGGAGAUGAGCACCUCCCUUAGUUACAAGUCUUUUUCCAAAGAGCAACAAACUAUGGAUAACUUAGAGAAGCAACUGAUUUGUCCCAUAUGUUUAGAAAUGUUUACCAAGCCGGUGGUUAUCCUUCCCUGUCAGCACAACCUCUGCAGAAAAUGCGCCAGUGAUAUCUUCCAGGCCUCAAACCCAUACCUGCCAACCAGAGGAGGCACUACUGUAGCAUCGGGAGGUCGGUUCCGCUGCCCCUCUUGCAGACACGAAGUGGUUCUGGACAGACAUGGUGUGUAUGGUCUUCAAAGGAAUCUUUUGGUGGAAAAUAUCAUUGAUAUAUACAAACAAGAAUCUACCAGGCCUGAAAGAAAAACUGAACAGCCGAUGUGUGAAGAACAUGAAGAUGAGAAAAUUAAUAUUUAUUGCCUGAGUUGUGAAGUGCCCACAUGUUCAAUGUGCAAAGUUUUUGGUGCUCAUAAAGAUUGCCAGGUUGCGCCUCUCACAAAUGUUUUCCAAAGACAAAAGUCUGAGCUCAGUGAUGGUAUUGCAGUAUUAGUGGGAAGUAAUGACAGAAUACAAGGAAUUGUAAGUCAGUUGGAAGAAAGCUGCAGAACAGUGGAGGAAUGCUGCAAAAGGCAGAAGGAACAAUUGUGUGAAAAAUUUGAUUAUUUGUACGCCAUACUAGAAGAAAAAAAAAGUGAGAUGACACAAAUAAUCACUCGGAGUCAAGAGGAGAAAUUGGAACAUGUCCGGUCUCUGAUUAAAAAGCAUGCAGACCAUUUGGAGGCUGUGUCUAAACUGGUGGAAUCAGGAAUCCAGUUCAUGGAAGAACCAGAGAUGGCUGUAUUUUUACAGAAUGCCAAAGCAUUGCUACAAAAAAUUACUGAAGCCUCUAAAGCAUUUCAGAUGGAAAAAAUAGAGUCUGGCUAUGAAAACAUGAGCCAUUUCACAGUCAGCCUCAACAGAGAAGAAAAGAUAAUACAAGAAAUUGAUUUUUACAGAGAGGAAGAAGAAGAUGAGGAAGAGGAUGUGGUUGAAGGUAAAGAAUUUGAUGAAAUCCACACAGAAUCAUCUGGUGAGGAGGAUGAAGUAUCUGAACUGCCAUCUCAGCAGCCCCAAGGGGAUAUUCCACCAAAGAACACAUCAGCUGUACCUCAGAAUAACUCAGCACCAUCACUACCACCUCCAGCACCAGAUGCUGUCACCACUGCACCUAAUCAAGGUGAAGUUGUGCUGAUUACUGCUCAACAGCCUGCUGAACCAGGAGCUGAUACACGAUCAAGUGGAGACCCAACCGAUCCUUUGUUUUAUCCUAGCUGGUAUAAGGUUCAGCCUCGACAAACAAGCAGUUCAAAUAUGGUCCCAGUGAAUGAAACAAGCAAUUCAAAUUCAGUCCCAGUGGCCGAAAACAGGCAGGUAGGGCCUUCUGUUCCUGUAGAAGUGAAUGUAAAGAAGACAGAGACAGCCACAGCAAAUGGGAGUCCUGUUGUGAGUGGUAAGGAAGAAAAUACACCCACAGCUACUUCGCAGGGGUUAGCAUUCUGCAUAUCAGUUUUGGCUUUUCUUAUCAUUCUGCACCAUCUCUGGAGUCAGAUUCAAUACAUGAUUUUUACUUUAAUGGACUGGGUCUGAUCCACUCACUCAAGGACAAGGACAGCCAGGGAGCAAUGAAAGAGCAGAAGAGCCAGCUCGACAUGUCUUCUCUUUCUCCUGGUUGAACUCAUUGAAUGAAUGAUCGCUCUUGAACCAACUGACUUCUAGUAUACAUUCUGAAGGAAUUCACAGGCAGUAACUGACUUGGAUGGAAGAGAUAAGAAAUAGUACAUUACAAGGGAUGAAUGAUCAGAUUUUAUCCUAAGAACUUUGUUUGAAAACCCUCACACUGGAUCUGACUCUCUGAAACAAGAUGUUUGAAGCCAAUUUGGAAAAGGGACAAGAAGGAAAUGUGAGCUGAUAGCUAAUAAUGAAGCAGUUGAGAGUGAAAUCCAUCCUGCCUUUUGAAGUAUUGACAGACAUCAAAUAACUUUAUGACUUGACAAAGCCCAAUUCACAAAUGACAACUGGAUACUGAAUUCAUGUAACAGAGCUUUAUGGAUAAUAGUCAGUCUGGGAUGAAACCGAGCUAUCCCAUGAUAGCGCAAUUCUCACAUGAACUGAUCCUGAGUGUGCUCAAACAAAAUCUAUUUCAGAAAGCAAUGUGUUGAAAAUAAACACUCUGCUGUUUUUGCUAGAGUUAGAUACACGUUAUACAUGUUCACAAAUGUCUUGGAAAUCCUUCUAUUCUUAAGUAAGGGCUUUAGCAACAUUGUUAGAUGUUUCCUCACUAAUGGCAUUAUUGUUAAUAAAAAUUUAGACCUCA